AUGGCCGGGGCUAGCGCGGAGGCGGCGUUUGCCUAUCACGAACCGCCAAUAACAACCAUCCUCAACCAGACAGGAUUUCUCAUCGUGUUGAACGUCGUAAAUGUCUGCCUUGACAAACUCCUAUAUUGUGGGCUGAUUGGGCAACUUUUCGUCGGCAUCCUUUGGGGCACACCCGGCGCAAAAUGGCUCGAUCGCGAGACAGAAACAGUCAUCCAGCAACUCGGAUACCUCGGGCUGAUAAUGCUUGUCUAUGAAGGUGGUUUGUCAACAUCUAUCAAAGCAGUGAAAUCCAACCUCUUGGUUUCUCUCUGUGUCGCCGUCACCGGGAUCGGUGUGCCUAUGGGUCUAUCAUUCAUUCUCAGAGAGCUGGUCGGCGCGAGCUCUUUACAAGCAUUUGCUGCUGGCGCAGCUCUAAGCGCCACAAGCCUCGGAACAACCUUUACGAUCCUAUCAACAACGAAUCUGAUCGCCACGCGCUUGGGUACUGUGACAACGAGUGCUGCGAUGCUCGAUGACGUCGUUGGGUUAGUGAUGGUCCAAAUAAUUUCAAAUCUGGGAGGGAACGGCUCAUCUUUCGACGCUAUUACUGUCAUCCGACCCGUAUUCGUCUCUAUCGGAUUCGCAGUGGGGCUCUUCCUACUCUGUGCCUUUUUCGUCGGGCCGUGUCUCAAAAAGGCGCUUCGCGUUAAGCUGAGACUGCCUUCCCUUAUGAGGACGAUGCAGUUUGCAUUUCUCUACCAAACACUUGUUUUGGUCGGGAUCGUAGCGGCUGCCACUUAUGCGGGAACAUCCAGUCUCUUUGCCGCAUAUCUUGCCGGUGUUGUAGUCACCUGGUUUGAUAGCACGAUUACGGAUUUCAAGGGGGCAAAUUCUGCUGGCCAAGAUAAUGCUCAAAUUUCACCUGAAUCUGCAAGCCAUGCAGCAGGUACUAGUUCGCUGAGCGCCCACGAACAGCAUGGCGGAUCUUCCACUGAAGUUUCCAGCGCUCGAUGCGAUGAGAUGCCAACGGGCGAAAUAGUUUACGAGAGAUAUUACAAGCAACCAGUAACGCGAAUCUUGACUCCACUGUUCUUCGCAUCAAUUGGAUUUGCGAUUCCUAUCACCGAAAUGUUUCGGGGAAGUGUCGUAUGGCGCGGCCUGAUCUAUUCUUUGCUCAUGAUGUUUGGAAAGAUGGUCACGGGUCUAUGGCUGGUUCGAUUUUCCUUUAAUCCCAUGUCAAAACUCGUCAACUAUAUCAAGGACUUCGUUCGUCGCUCUCGCCUGUUUUGUACUCCGAAGAAACCCAAUAAAGAGCAAAAGAGGAGACAUGAGACUCCUUCAAGUUCCGCCGCGGUAACUUCGCACGAUCGGUCAGGCGAAAACGCAGAUACACCUCCCAACGCUGCCGUCCACAGGUCUCCUUCUAACCGAGAGAGACUACUCAUCAGCCCGGGCCCCGGGAAGAUGAAAGCCCACAGUCGAAUCAACGCUCCUCUGUUACGUUCCCAGAAAAGCCCAAAUCAUUAUAUCCGCCAUCUAUUCUUGCCUUGGCUAUGGUUGCUCGAGGAGAAGUCGGAUAUCUGA